AUGGCGACGAAUGCGGGGCACGGAAAUUCUGCUAGUCGAGGCGCAGACGAGGCCACAGCAGCAGCAGAGGGCAAGGGCACAGAGAAACCCAAGCCUCCGGUCCGUUCAUCGCUCCCACCGGGCCCUCGUACCCCCUACGACUUCCACGACGCCUGGUCUCCUCCGGCUAUUCCCAAGAAGCCGAUCGACAGCCAGGACUCGCCCAUCUCCGACUCGGAGGCGGAACCCGACCUCGAACCCGUUUCGUAUCGGACACCCUCGCCCGUCAGCUACAAUCGGUGGAUUGACGCCUACCACAACAAACAUACCCAGGACGUUCUCAAGGGCGCGACAGACUAUCUUGAAUUCUACGGCACAAAGAAACCUCGAGUGACCGGGCUCGUUAUCAGCAAGAUGGCGACUCCUCAGUUGAUUUUCGUCGACGGCACGUUCGCCGAGCUGGCGCAGGAAUUGGCCGACUACAUUCAAAUCGGCGAGCAGGUGAAGCCGUAUCUGGCCAAGGAGCAGAACGAGGAGGCGCUGCAGCUCAUUGUUCAGGCAUCGCACGUUCUCAAUUCCGUCCCGGAGAAAGAUUUUACCGGCGCCUACAAUCUCCUCAUUCACCUCGUCCUGCAGUCCAAGGAUCCCAAGAAGCAUCUGCCCACCGUGUGCGGCAACCUCCAGAAGCCCAUCACAUCGUCGCCAGCCCACGGUUUCACCCUCGCUGCCAAUGCCCUCAGCACGGUUUUCAACCUUCUUGAGCAGAACAACCCGCUGCGGUUCAACGUCAUGCUCCAGAUCGUUCGUUUCAUCCGGCAGCACGGCCAGUUUGAGCUCCUCAAGCCGCGGUUAAAGAACCUGGAAGGCUGGUUCACCGCGUGGGACACGGAUGAGGACGACCAGCGGAGGCUUUAUGUCGAGGUGUCGGAUGCCGCCGCCGAGGCUGGCGACGACGAGGAGUCGUAUCACUACCUCAUCAAGGCGCUCGGCACCUUCGACCGCGACGAUCAGGAGGAAAUCACCUCGGAAGAAGCCCAGAAACUCUCUCUGAAGGCUGUCCGCAUGGCCAUCACGCACCCGACGCGGUUCGACUUCCAAGACCUGCGUGCUCUCCCUAGCGUACAAGCGCUUGGCGAUUCGCACCCCGUCUACUCGCAGUUGCUCGACAUCCUCACGGAGCAGGACCUGGAGGAUUACAACGACUUCAAGGACGAGCACGAGGGCUGGAUCGAGAAGGAGAAGCUCGACAACGAGAAGCUGCAGCGCAAGAUGCGCCUGCUCACCUUCGCGAGCCUGGCUGCCAGCACACCCAACCGCGAGAUCCCGUACUCGAGCAUUGCCAAGGCGCUGCAGAUCCCCCUGGAGGACGUCGAGAUGUGGACGAUCGAUGUGGUCCGGGCCAAGCUGGUCGAGGGCAGGUUGUCGCAGCAGCAGAAGGUCUUCCUGGUGCACCGCACCACCUACCGCGUGUUCGGCGAGAAGCAGUGGCGCGAGCUGGCCACCAGGGUCGAUCAGUACAAGUCGAUCGUCGACCACCUGCUGGCCGUCCUGCGCAAGGGUCAGGCCGACGUGGAGAGCCAGCGGGAGCGCGAGCAGCAGGAGCUCGAGCGGAAGCUUGCGAAUGCCGGCAUCAGCGGUGGCCACGGCGGCGAUCGUCGUCGCCAACAGCAGAAGCCGCGCACCGAUGAGGAUGACUGAACGAACUAGACCCGGGAGACAACGGACGGGAUCAUUGCACUUUUUUGCUUGGUUUUGGUACUGGAGUUGGAACCAAAAGGGCAAGAAGGUAGACAUUCGGGGUGCUCAUUUAUUUCGCAAUCAUGGAAAGAUAUCCAGGGGGGCACCUCUCUUCGCUGACUAGCUUGGGUCUUGCGCAACUGGGGCGGAUGGGCAAUGGAAACAUGACUUUGCAGGCAAACUGUGUGGAUUACACUAAAGCAUCUGGGGACAUCUUGUGCCUCCCUCCUCUACUUGGGACAUGGCACUACUUUGCUGCUACUGAUUAUUACAGUAGAGUGGUCAAAGGUUUUACAAAAAAAAAGGAGACAAAAGUAGAGCAAUCGGUUCGCUCCAAUCGUACAAAGGGAAUGACGCCCGGCAUCCCGCGAAAUCUCUCUGCC